ACAGAAAGACAAAGUCCAUUUGGAUGGAAGUGGGAGCGGAGUGAGAGGGGCCAUUUUGACGCCGUGGUCCAAGGAAGUGGCUGGGCUGCCGAGCCGGGGAGCCGGGGCGCCGGGGCGCCCAGGCCCGGCCGCUCGCCCUGGGGCUCGUCGGGACUGGCUGGUGGUCCUGAGGCCCGCUCUACGAGGAGGGGAGAUUGGCACGCACACUGCGGCGUCUGGUUUGGUAUUCUGGGGGUUCACGGCUGCUUUGGAGAGGCUUUCCAGGGUCUAAGGAUAACUCUGGGGCCAUGAUGGCCAUGAUUCUCACAGAGGACCCCAGAUUUCUGCACUCUGAGCAAUGUCAGAUGUCACCAGACUUGUCCUGAGACCUUUUCCCUGAAGGAUGGCCAAGGGGCUCCUGGUGACCUAUGUCCUCUGGGCUAUCGGGGGCCCUGCUGGGCUGCACCACCUGUACCUGGGCAGGGACAGCCAUGCACUGCUCUGGAUGCUUACCCUGGGAGGUGGUGGUCUGGGCUGGCUCUGGGAGUUCUGGAAGCUCCCAAGCUUUGUAGCUCAGGCCAACAGGGCCCAGGGACAGAGGCAGAGUUCAGGACGGGGGACACCCCCUCUGAGUCCCAUUCGCUUUGCCGCCCAGAUGAUAGUGGGCAUCUACUUUGGCCUCGUGGCUCUCAUUAGCCUUUCCUUCAUGGCCAGCUUCUAUGUUGUGGGCCUCCCACUGGCAGUUGGCUUAGGAGUUUUGCUGGUGGCUGCUGUUGGCAACCAGACUUCAGACUUUAAGAACACACUAGGGGUGGCGUUUCUCACUUCCCCUAUCUUCUAUGGCCGCCCCAUAGCUAUCCUGCCCAUCAGCUUGGCGGCCAGCAUCACAGCCCAGAAGCAUCGCCGCUACAAAACUUCAGUUGCGUCAGAGACACUUAGUGUGCGGCUCUACCGUCUGGGCUUAGCUUACCUUGCGUUCACGGGCCCGCUAGCAUACAGCACCCUCUGCAACACAGCUGCCACCCUCAGUUAUGUGGCAGAGACCCUUGGCUCCUUCUUGAAUUGGUUCAGCUUCUUCCCCCUCCUUGGCCGUCUCAUGGAGUCUGUCCUCCUCCUGCCUUACCGUGUCUGGAGGCUGCUGGUGGGGACUCUUGGCUUCAGCAGCAGCUACUUCCAGGAGUGGGAGAAGCUCUAUGAGUUUGUUCACAGUUUUCAGGAUGAGAAGCGGCAGCUGGCUUACCAGGUUUUGGGUCUCUUAGAGGGGGCAACAAAUGAAGAAAUACAUCAGAGAUACCGGAAGCUGGUGAAGAUCUGGCACCCUGACCACAACCAGCACCAGACAGAAGAGGCUCAGAGGCACUUCCUGGAAAUCCAGGCUGCAUAUGAAGUCCUGAGUCAGCCCAGGAAGCCCAGGGGAUUCUAGAGGUUAGCCAUCUUUUGCUACAAAGAACAAAAACCAACAAGAAGUCCUGUCUUGGUGAGAACCCGCCUUUCAUCUCAUAUCCCUCUCGGUGACCAGAGGGCUGACUUUGGAUGAGUCGCUUCAUCACUCUGGGCCUCAGGAUUUUCCUUGCAGCACGAGGAAGUGGGACUUGGAUGACUUCUAAGAUUGCUUUCAACACUGGAUUCUGGGUUCUUUUUUGCCCAGCCUUAUGUUAAAUGGCUUGGUUUGUCAUCUUUUGUGUGCCCUGUUGUGGACACUGUCUUGUGAAGGAAAGAAAAUAGGUAAUGGCUUGAAGAACAAUGUAAUGGUCACCAUCACCCCCCAAUAAAAAAUCCACCUCUGUCA